CCCCUUCUUCCCUCUUUUUUUCCUGUCUCCAUCGUUUGCUCUUUCUUCUGUGCCCCUUCUCUCUUCUUGGGAUCUUCUUAAUUCUCAGGUGAUCAAAAGCUGGUAUAGUUGGUUAUUGUUUUUCUGGGAGUUUCCGAAUUUAGAAAUUACAAGAAGUUAAAUUUAGAGCAGAUGGCACCUGUUUCAUUGCCACCGGGCUUUCGGUUUCAUCCCACUGAUGAGGAACUUGUGGCUUACUAUCUCAAAAGAAAAAUCAAUGGCAGAAAAAUUGAGCUUGAGAUCAUCCCUGAAGUCGAUCUCUACAAGUGUGAACCUUGGGAACUGCCAGGGAAAUCACUAUUACCAAGCAAAGAUCUUGAGUGGUACUUCUUUAGUCCCAGAGACCGUAAGUAUCCCAAUGGAUCAAGGACUAAUCGGGCAACGAAAGCCGGGUACUGGAAGGCCACCGGAAAAGACAGAAAAGUAAAUUCCCAGGCGAGGGCUGUGGGCAUGAAGAAAACCCUAGUUUACUACAGAGGGAGGGCACCCCAUGGAGCUCGAACUGAUUGGGUCAUGCAUGAAUACCGCUUAGAUGAACGAGAAUGUGAAACCAACUCAGGCUUGCAGGAUGCAUAUGCACUUUGUCGAGUAUUCAAGAAGAGUUUAAACAUUCCAAAAAUUGGAGACCAUUAUGGAACUGCUACAGCUAGUGAUCGCUCUUCUAGCAUUGAUCCAUAUUCAGAAGGAAGAUGUGAUGAUCUAGAGAGCUUUGAUUAUUCAAUGCCAUCGGCUACAACUAUUAACAACUUUAACUAUCCAAUGCAAUCAGCUAGUUGCUCAUCCAACAUCAUCCAUGGUUCUCCAUUGAAUAACAUCAAUGAGGGACCUAGUGAUAGUAGGUGGAUGCAAUACUUGUCAGAUGAAGCAUUUGGUUUUAGCAAUCCAUCAUUUCCAAAUCAUGCAGCCAUGUCAUAUCCCCCAUCAAGGGUGGAUAUAGCAUUGGAAUGUGCAAGAUUGCAGCACAGGUUCCCAUUGUCACCUUUGGAGGUGCAAGAUUUUCCCCAAGUUGGCUUUGCCGAUGCUAGGAUGCCACAACUGGGUUAUAUUCAUGAAAACCCGAAUCAGCAAGAUAUUGUAGAGGAGAUCCUAUCUGUUGCACAAGCUUCUCAGGAUUUCAUGAACGAAGACGCCUGGGGUGGAAAUUAUGCUCCUGCUGAUGAUUUCUCGUUUCUACCUCCUACCAACCAAAUACAUGAUUCUAGUUCCUUCAAAUUUAUAGACAAAUUAAGAGAAGAUUGCAGUUUUAGGUCCAUUGACAUUGGAGGCAUGGAUGAGGGGUUGAAAUCUGAGAGAAUGGUUGAGAACCUGAGAUGGGUGGGAAUGUCAGACAAGGAUCUUGAGAAGUCUUUCUUGGAAGAAUUCAAGACAGUCCCAAUAGAAAGCAUAUCAACCUUCCAAAGAGAAGAGAAUCAGGUUCCAGGAGAAACCGUCCACCAAAAUGACCAGAAUGAAGCAGAAAAGACUGAUUAUUCCCUUGGAUUCAACAACGACAAGGGAAGUGACAACUUCUUAACUGAUGGAGAUGUGGAAGACUUCUCAAGUACUUCCAACUUUGAGGUUUAUGAAAAGAUAGAAGUCAGUCAUGGGAUGCUUAUUUCGACUCGCCAAACAGCCAACACAUUCUAUCAUCAAUUGAUGCCUUCAAAGACCGUUAGAGUCCAUUUGCACCCCAUGAUCAUGCAUGAUUUUCCAGUUGCGAAAUCAGAUUCCAGAACUGUACCAAAAACUGGACAUUUUCCAGCCAAAUUUUCGACCUUUUCGAGUGCAAUAUCCAAAUCCCUCAAGCCAUGGAGGAAAACGGUGAGGACUUUUAUAAGCAUGAUUGCCAUUCUCAAUGCUUACUGGAUUUUUUAUGGAGAAUAUUUGGAAGAUAAAGAGCCAAUGGAUGAUCCUGUAAUGCUGAGCAACAAAGCUUCCGAGCUAAUAGAGGGUGACUGUACAAGCAAGACCAUGAUCAAGACAAUAAAAGUUCAAGAUUAUGAAUUAAAUUGCGAGAAAUCCAGGGUUUCAAUGGUGGGAAAAGGAGGCAGCAUUAGUGCGGUUCACAACAAGAUUUGGACUUAUCUAACACUGACUUUGGCUCUCUGUACAUUUUGGAUGCACCAGAUAGUGCCUAGCCCUUGACUUGGUUCUGAAUAUUGAUUACUAACCACAAUUGUGAUUAGAAAUUAAGGCAUUAGUUGUCUUGACAGAUAUGCACUUUUUUCUUUGGUUUUUUAUUUUUUGUUAAACAGUGGACCACACUUCAUACUACUUUUUAAAGAUGUAAGCUGACACAUAAAUUAUGUGUAAGUUGAUUCAUAGUGA